AUGGCCGCUUAUCAGCAACUAUUUGGUCCCGCCAUGGCUCACCAAGUUACCUAUCGCAAGGCAAAAUACGUACAAAUGGUCGUGCCCGACGAGAAGAAACCUAAGAAAUCGUCGAAGUCGAAGGCUCCGCGUUUGCUUUUUUCUCAGGACGGUCUUAAAGUAAAGACGAUCAAUAUCAUCAACAAGCAUCCAACAGAAAUCAUGUAUUGUCUGGUGUAUGCACCCUUGCCGAAGGACGGAUAUGACAAAGAACGUUUCGUCGGCCGAAAGUGUGAGACGUUCAACAACGAAUGGGUUCUUGAAAUCGACGGAGGAUGGCGUUUAGACGCACUUGGACUUGCAACGCACCCCAAUGGACACAUAAAGGUCAUUGAGAUCGCCCCAGCAUCUAAAAUCGAGAUGAAGUUGCGUGCUCUAAAAGUUGAGAAGGGUGCUUAUGUACUCAAAGUGUAUGCUUGGGUCAAAGGAUUGCAUGUCAGCGAGCAGGCAAGUGUUUCAAUUAUGAAGUAUGGCCCUCGGGUACGAGCUGGAAAGUAUCCAAUCACUGAAGGAGAUCUUUACGCAAAACGCUUUGCCGAUUUCUGUAAGGCGCAGGCCAAUCCUGCAGACAUUGCCUUGCUAAUUUUUGCAGGUGCUUUACUGCCUCUUGAAGAUCCUGAAGCGAGGAUCUUCCAAGAGUUGGAUGGCCUGCUCUUUCCGAAUCGCCCUGCAUUUGUGUCGACUUCAUUAACUUCAUCGGCUACUCCAUCACCGUUGGCUCUAUCGUUGAUGUCAUCUACUCCAUCACUUCGAUCGCCGACUCCAAUUCUUCGAUCGCCUUCUUCACGACCUCGAUCAUCUUCUGCUGUCUCUUCGAUUAGUUCUAUAUUUGAUGCUGCUGUGUUUGGAGUUGCCGUUCCUCAAAACCCAUCUUUAUCUUCACCCACCACUCCUCUUGGUAAUUUAAGUGCUGUUGGUCUUGCACAUGUUGCUAAUCGUGUGAUUCAUCCUUAUUCUAUGGUACAGAACAUGUCCUGCAAAUCGCCUGUUGAUGUUGUUACUACUCAGAAGCGACUUCGCUCCGGUGAUCUAUGUGAUGAAGCAGGCCCUUCUAAUAAGAAGAUGCGUCAUAAGGACGAGAAUAGUGAUAAAAACGGGGCUCUUAUGGACUUGAUUGAUAUAUCAAAAUCUCAACUGGGUGGUCAUGAAAAUGCAUCGAGUGAUAAAAACCAAGAUAAUCGCAUCAAGAAAAAGAAUUAUUGUCCUAAGUGUUACAAAACUAUGUCUGGCAAGGCGUGUUUGCAAUGCAAAGACGGGUGUUUGAAAUGGUGGCAUACACGUUGUUUUGAUAUCACGUUGCACUAUCUAGCUGGUGCAGCAAAAGCUCGAGGACGUGAUGGAAAAAUGCUUUGUGCCGACUGUCGACAAAACAUG